AUGGCUGGUCUUGGGGUGGUCUGUAGGAAUGCUGAGGGAGGGAUUGUCGCAACAGCUACCAAGAAGGUUAGUUUAUCUUCGCCAGAGAUAGUGGAAGCUAUGGCCAUUCGUUUUGCAAUGCAGCUAGCUCUCAGGUUGGGUUUUGGAAGAGUGAUGAUAGAAUCUGACGCCAUCAAUGUGAUAAAAGCUGAUGCCUUCGAGCGCCUCAAGCUUCAGACCAAGGACUUGAGUCCAGUUCCCUACUCAGUCACUGGAUUCAACGAUUCUUCGCCCUGCCUCGAUGGGAAAAUUACUCUUCCUGUUACCAUCGGCACGGAUAGGGCAGCAAGGAACAUCGUGGCCGAAUUUUUGGUCAUCGAUGUUUCAUCGGUCUAUAAUGUAAUCAUGGGAAGGCCCAUAAUCCAUCAGAUCCAAGGGGUCGUCUCCACGUAUCAUCAGUUAAUGAUAUACAUUUCGGAUAAAGGUUUCGCUGAACGAAUCCGAGGGAGUCAAGAGGCUGCCCGAAAAUGCAACUACAACUCCGUCAAGUCUUCAAAGGACAAUCAUGAGGACGAAAACGGAGACAAGAAGGAAAACCAAAAGGAAUGA